AUGAACCGGCUCUGCCUCUCCAUAGCCCUUCUCUUUCUCCUGGUUAUCUUGGUGGACAGCACCCCAGUGUAUGAACACCAUACCCAGAACCAAGGUCUGGAGACGAGCCUUAGAAGGAGACCUGAGAAGCGUUCAAUAAUAGAUGUGAUUUCCCAUGUCAUCGAUGGUGUGGUUAAAGGUACCAAGAUAUUUCAUGGACUAAAAGGAUUGGCUGACAUAAUCGGUAAUGGAAUUCAAGGUCAGGUGAUGAUUUCCAGAACGCAAGUCGAGAACCAUACCGUCGAGGAGUUCCUAACACAAAUACUCAAAAAUGCAGCUUCUAAGCCUGAAUUCUGCCUGGAGCCUGAAUUAAAGGGUCCCUGCAAGGACCAGUUGACCAGAUACUUCUACAAUGCCACGGCCGGGUACUGCAAGCCAUUUGUGUAUGGCGGCUGUGAAGGGAACAAGAACAACUUCCAGACGUUAUCGGACUGCUUAGUGACCUGCUCUCCAGUGACAGUGUCCCUGUGGAGAAGAGGCAGCAGUGUCCUGUGA